GCCACGCCCCCCGUAACGCGGAACCUCCGUGCGCGGCGGGAGGAGCCGCCCGGGCCCCACAGUGCGGCGGCACGAUGAACACGAAGCAGGUGACGUGCAGGUAUUACUUGCAGGGCGUGUGUCGGGAGGGAAGCAAAUGCAUGUUCUCCCAUGAUUUGUCUACCAGCAAAUCCUCCACCAUCUGCAAGUACUACCAGAAGGGGCAGUGYGCCUACGGCUCCCGCUGCAGGUAUGACCACGUGAGGCUCCCGGCGCCGGCCGGAGCUGCGGCCCCUCCGCCCCCCGCGGCCCCCGCCAGCCCCCGGCAGCCCCCCGAGCACGGCCCCGGCGCCACGCGCAGCAAGAGGGAGAAGAGGACGCUGGUGCUCAGGGACAGAAAUCUGUGCGGCGCGAGCGAAGAGAAGGCACGGCCCGGUGCCCUCAGUGCCCCCGGCGGCCCCGGAGCCGUGCUGUGCUGCAGUGAGCCGGCUGACAGCGCCGAGGGGAAGCCCCAUUCCUACCUGGAGGCCAUCUGCAGCGGCCUGGAGGAGCCCGGGGCCGGGGGCUGCCCCGGGGAUGGGGAGCAGCUGUGUCCCUACGCUGCUGCUGGCACCUGUCACUUCGGGGAGCGCUGCCUCUACCUGCACGGGGAGCUGUGCGAGAUCUGCGGCCUCCGGGUGCUGCACCCCUUCGACCAGGAGCAGAGGAAGGCCCACGAGAUGAUGUGCAUGGCAACGUUUGAGCACGACAUGGAGAGGGCCUUUGCCUUCCAGGCCAGYCAGGACAAGGUGUGCAGCAUCUGCAUGGAGGUGGUGUACGAGAAACCCUCGGCCUCCGAGAGGAGGUUUGGGAUCCUCUCCAACUGCAACCACACGUACUGCCUGUCCUGCAUCCGGCAGUGGAGAUGUGCCAAGCAGUUYGAGAACCCCAUCAUCAAGUCCUGCCCCGAGUGCCGGGUCAUCUCCGAGUUUGUCAUCCCCAGUGUGUACUGGGUGGAAGACCAGGAGAAGAAAAAUGAGCUGAUUGAAGCAUUUAAGCAGGGAAUGGGGAAAAAGCCCUGCAAGUACUUUGAUCAAGGGAAGGGAACGUGUCCCUUUGGAGGGAAGUGUCUUUACCUCCACGCUUACCCCGACGGGACCCGAGCUGAGCCUGAGAAACCCAGGAAACAGCUCAGCUCCGAGGGCACCGUGCGGUUCUUCAACUCGGUGCGCCUGUGGGAUUUUAUCGAGGACAGGGAGAGCAGGAGCGUGCCCAGCACRGACGACGACGUCACGGAACUGGGGGAACUGUUCAUGCACCUCUCUGGGGCUGAGGAGGAUCCCCCUGCUGCCCCCUGAGGACACCACAGCCCCUCGGAGCCCAGCAAUGCAGCUAUUUAUUAGCCAUGCUUUUACUCUAUCCAGCACAGGUAGAACAAAUGUGCCCUGGUGGUUACUUGUGCAGUCCUGGUAAAGUUUUCAGAUAGUUUUUAUAUGGCAACAAAAAAAAAAAAAGACUAAAAUAUAUUUUAAAAAAAAUUUGGCUGCAUGGAAAAAAAAAUCCCUUAAUCCAGGAGGGCUUUCUCCCUCUCUGGCCUAACAUACUGUCUUGUGAGCGGAGUGGUAGUGUAAAUACAGAUCCAGGGAAAGCUUAAGCUGGUAAAAACUGUUGCUAAAUAGAAUUUGGGUGCUUUUGGGUUUUUUGUCUCCACUAAAUAYGCUAAAUGUGUGACUAGAAAACCCACUGGGAAUAAUGGUCAGUGUAGGGUUUUCUCCUUAAACAGGAGCUGGUACAUUAUACCUCAGAUUGUUCCUAGAGUUCAGAGCAGAGCUUACUGCACUCUCAGGGGCAGUGUUGGGGCAGGGCUGGCUAGGCCUGGCUCUCCAGGUGCUGCCGGUCCAGUCCCCACCCGUUUGACACUAAUUGAAGUGUAAAGAGGCAGGAGUGGCUCCUGGAGCACCUGCUGUACAGCAAAUACAGCUGCAUUGAGUCCUAAACUCAGGCAGAGAACCAUGGUGGCACAGGGCAGAGCUGAACUGAAUCCACUGCACAGACUGGAAACUGCAGCAUGAGUGAGGUGUCCUCACUAAUCCUGCCAGAGUCCUGCCCAGAACCAGGAGUGGCUCUGCAGCAGCUCAGUGCCUCCAGUGCAAUGGGCCGGGCCCAGGAGGGCUGAGAGAUUAAUGGCCAUCUCUGCUGAGUUAACAGAAUUGUUACUGAAUUCUGCUUGGGUAAAAAGGUGACUCCUGUUGGUGUGGCAGAAGCAGUUUGGUUGUGACAUUGGACAGCAGAUGUUAAUUCUGCUGAGUCAUUUGUACAACUCUGCAGUUAAACCAGGAUUUCAGGGUGCACACAAGCAAAGUGAUGCUGAGUAACAGCACGGACACACCUGAGGCUGAGCUGCCAGRCUGACUCAUGGCCUUGUCACUCACUGGGGGCUGGACUGAGAUGCUGCCUGAGCAGUGUUUGUAACCAUAAAKAGAUGGGGGUUAUUUUAGAACAGCUGGGUUGCAAAGAAAGGCAGGUGUGCAUUAUUAUCUGUAGGAACAGCAUUAUAAAAGCAUAAAAAUAACACUUAAAAUGUGUAAAAAGGAAAGAAAGGCUCAGAGCAGAAAGUCUGUAACGGGCAGCCCUGAUCAGUGACAGGACUGUGUGAUGGUCACAGUCUCRAUCCAGCAGGGGUGGCACACACAGGUACCUCCCCUGGGUGGUGUUUUACACUCUGUUCCAACAGUGGAGCCCGGGCAGGCCUCUGGGUACACCCCAGAAGUGAGGCUGGAGCACCUCAGGGCUCUCUGGUGAUUUCUGACCCUUCCAAGACCUGACACUGCCUCUCUGUGAGYCCAGGAGGGAUGRAAAMCCUCAGCCCUGUGACUUUCUUUGGGCUGGGGCGAGUGUGACACCUGAACCUUCUCCUUUACCUGGCACCCAAGCAGAGCUGUAGGUGGAGGGUGCUCACCCCCUUUCUCCACCCCACACCCCAAAACUCCUUCUCMCCUGGGUCAGGCAGGGGCUGCACACCCAGCUCCAGCAAAGCACCCCCUUGGUCUGGGUCACUAACCAGGAAUGUGCCAGUCUCACCCAAGGAUCAGACCUCAACCCAGCCAGGGUCAGACCUCAACCCCCUGGGACGUUUUUGUGCCCAAAGCCCUGAGUGUGUCAAAGCUGGAGAGUGGUGAGGGCACAGAAAUCACUCGGACAGUGAAGGAAAAUGGAUACAGAGACUGGGGCAGGAAGCUGCUGGGACACCAGGGCCAGCCCUGCUGGGGUGGUGACACAGGGAGGGAACAGCAGGAACCUUCAUCUGGGAUUCCAACACSUUUAACUGGAACCAAAGCAGCCCCUCCAGGACGAUCCACUGAGCUGCUGCUGCCAUUUCUCGGUCAGGAUGGCAUUUCUCAGUCAGGAUGGUGGCUCUGUGUCACUGGGAAAGGGAGAGCUCCUCCUCCCCUGGGUACUGCCCAGCCCUUCCCCCACACUGACCAGGCCACUCUUCUGACCUGGGAAAUGAAACUUUUCCAUAACGAUUUCCCCACUAAGGUUAAUUUUUAGCAGUGCUCACUGCAGUCAGGCAUGGCCUUGGCMGUGUCUGUAACAGCCAUCAAUUCCCCUUCUUGCUAAAACUGACCCAUGAAGGCACCUGUGAAGCUCUUCAGUCCCAUCAGUGCA